UCGGUCCGUGGCCUCAUUACUCUCUUAACUCUGGGUGCUGGGGCCCUGGCCAUACCGCGGGGGGCAUCUCUAGCUGAAGCAGGGUUCGUAGCCACGGUGGCUGCUGCCAUUGUCACUGCCAUCUCCACUCUGGUGGGGAGGCCUCCUGACUGGGCUACACUCAGGCUCUGCCCCUUCUUCUUCCAAGGAGUCGGUGUCUGAAGGGGACCACCAGGGCUGAUGAACCGCCUGUCAUCCCAAAGCUCAGCGCUGACCCCGUGUGGCGGGGGCUACAUCUCUGCAACUGGCAUGAAAGCCAGGAGCUGGGUACCCAGAAGGCGACUGAGUCCACCUAGGGUCACCUGGCUGGCUCUCGUCUCUCUACUCAGCGGCCUGCUCACCUCCAGCCAGGCCAAGGUUUUCAGUCGCUGCGAACUGGCCAAGGAGCUCCACAGAAUGGGCCUGGACGGCUUCCGGGGAUACGAACUGGCUGACUGGGUCUGCCUCGCCUACUUCACAAGUGGCUUCAACACAGCUGCUGUGGACCACGAGGCAGACGGUAGCACCAACAAUGGCCUUUUCCAGAUCAACAGCCGGAAGUGGUGCAGAAACCUCUCACUGGAUUCCCUCAACUUGUGCAAGAUGUACUGCUCUGACCUGUUGACCCCUGAUCUCAAGAACGCUGUUGUCUGUGUCAUGAAGAUAGUUUCAGGGCCCAAGGGUCUGGGCUACUGGUAA